AAAAGGAAAAGGAGUUGUAGAGAAAGAAAAAAAAAUAACAAGUGGAAAGAAAUAUCCGAAAACCGGAUUCAAUAACAGAAGCAGCAUCCACGAGAGGAGAGCAGGGCAGAGGAUCAGCAGCAACAGAAGAAGAAGCGAAAAGAAAAAAAAGCAAGCGCACGCAUAAGGCAGCGACGCCGCAGCCAGCAGAGUGCCCUGAUCCUCUCAGCGCCGGAGCUGGCAGCACACUCUCUCUCUCUCUCGCGCGUUUUGUUAGACGCAGAACAGCGGAGCAGAACAGCAGCAUCAGCAGAAGAUCGGUGGGAGAACGAGCGAAUCGGGCCCAUUAUCGAGGAACAGCAACCGGAGUCGUGUUGUGCACAAACUAAUUGCAAGACUUAAAACAGAAGCUAAAACGUUGCAGCAGGCAACCAGGCCGCCGCCGCCGCCCUUUCAAUGUCCACAAUUUAAAUGCCACAGCAGUCGCCACGUCAGAAGCAGCCUUCAAAGAAGCAGCAGCAGUCCGAGCGGUCCUCAGCAGUCCACGUCGUUGCCGUCCCGUCUGGUCACCGUGUGGCACCAUUUGCCAACGAGGAGAAGCGCAUUCGUCAGUGAAGCCUCGCAGAAAAGUGUAAGCGAAAAGGGAGGCAAAAGGCAAAAGAACCCGACGCCAUGGCCCACUCCAAGGUGAUCCUGAAGAUCCUCUUCUCGCUCUGCGUGUGGUCGUUCGUGAUCAUUGGGCUGUUCAAGAUGCACGGCACGAACCUAGUGCCGCAGGAGUACCAGCAAGUGCCGCUCAACGGCCGGAUACUGCUGCAGAAGGACAUGCGGUACGCGGAGACGACGUCCACGACGACAGACCACUUCGACCCCAGCGAGAUACUGGUGGACAAUCGCACAGCCAUGGACGAUGAUCAGCUCGUGAGGGACGUGGAGUCCCGGAUACCCUCGCUGCCGAUUGCCUACUGGAGCAAGAACAAGAACUUUCUGCAGCAGAAGUCGUCGACCUGCGCCAAGUAUCCGUCGAUCUUCGAGCUGGAGUUCAACAACAUCUACUGGCAGACGCUGCGCACAACGAAUGGGACCUUCCAGCUGUUCGGGGCCUACUACGACAUCCGGCGCACCUCGCUGCUGGGGCCCACGGUGCGGAUCCUGGGCAUGAUCGACCGCAUCGAGCCGAAGGUGAAGACCUACUGCCAGUUCUGGUUCGACGGCCAGAAGGAGCCGUUCAUCGUGAAGACGUUCGAGUACAAGUACAUCUGGUACAACAAGUGGGGCAACUACAAGCAGGGCAUCUACCAGCCGUAUCUGAUCGCCUGCCAGAUACCGAAGCCCUUCCACGGCGUCGUGCCCAGCUCCGUGUCGAUGGUGGAGAAGGAGUGCGACACGGCGACCAACAAUCUGCGGGUGAUCUACAACCGUCCGCCCGACGACCAAAAGAAGGGCUUUGCCGUCUGCGUCAAGGGGCUGGACUUCCUGUACGACGACCUGAGUGUGCGCCUCAUCGAGUGGAUCGAGAUGCUGAACAUCCUGGGGGCCGACAAGAUUUACUUCUACAACCUGCAGGUCCACCCGAACAUCACCAAGGUCCUCAGCCACUACGAGCAGGAGGGCAAGGUCCAGGUCAUCCCCCUGACCCUGCCCGGCGGCCAGCCGAACGUCCCCGGCUUCCAGCAUCUGUACCUCACGAAGAAGACCAACCACAAGCGUCAGAACGAGGUGAUACCCUACAACGAUUGCCUGUACAAGAACCUCUAUCUGUACGACUACAUUGCCCUGCUGGACAUUGACGAGGUGAUCAUGCCCAAGGGCAACGCGGUCCUCUGGUCGGAGCUGAUGGAGAAGGUGCGCCCCGAGUCGCGGAAGAUCAAGCCGGACGGCUUCCACAGCUACAACUUCCGGAACGUGUACUUCCUGGACGACCAGCAGCACGAGCACGGCUGGCACAAGGACAUCCCCAAGUACAUGCACAUGCUGCAGCAUGUGCAUCGCGCCAAGAACUACACGAAGCCCAACCAGUACGUCAAGUGCUUCCACGACCCGGAGCGCGUGCUCACCCUCCACAACCAUUUCCCGCUGAGCUGCCUGGGCGGCGUCUGCAAGUCCUAUCCCGUGGACACGCAGGACGCCCAGCUGCAGCACUAUCGCGCCGACUGCGUGAAGACGCUCAAGAAGAGCUGCGAGGAGUACCGCGAGAACUCGGUGGAGGACAAGACCAUCUGGAAAUACAAGGACGAGCUGAUUCGGCGCACCAUUAAGGCCUUGGACACGCUUGGGUUCUUCCGGCGCAGCGGCCUGGGCUCUGGCUCGGGCAGCAGCAGCGGCCUCGGAGCCACCACCCACUCGACGGAGCGGUGAUUCGGACUCCUCGGCGGCGGCGGGUAUGGCGGCGGCUGGUCCUGGCCCUGGAUGCCGCAAGCAACGCAGUACGUCGAGGCCGCCGGUGGCGACAGUAGUCUGGGCAACGAGGAGUUCUUUGUCUAAGGAAAAGAUAGAGGGAAGAUACUCGUAUCGGUCGCAUCUAUUGGAUAUCGGAUAAAGAUUCGAUUGCUGGAUGCUGAUGUUGCGUUCCUGAACCCGUCCUCUCGCUUCUGUGUUUUGAGCUCAACUUGUAUCUGUAUUUCUGUAUUAUAGAAAGGGUCCCCCCACCCCGCCCCACACACACACACUCACAUUCGCUCAUCCUAAGACCCCUCCAUUAUCCCUCAGACUCAGAUCUAAGUUUAGUUUUAGUUAUAGAUACAUUAUACUCGUAAUGGAAAGAGAGCGGAGCGAAACACUUUUGAAAUUGUGCCUUCAACACCCUGGAAACCCGGAACCCUGGAACCCCGGAACACUGGAACACUGGAACACUGGAACCCUGGAUUCCCCUUCCUUUCUCUGGAGAUUUCACACUCACACACAUACGAUACGUCACAAAGGACCCCUGGCCCACUCUAAGGAUAUUUCACGAGUUCCACAGAAAACAGAAGCAGAAGAAAUACAGAUGGAAAAUUAUGCGAAAAGAAAGAAAAAGAAACCUAAACUAAGUUCAAGACUGAUGUUUAUUGAUAAUUAAAUGAAGAAUUUCAUGAAAAUUUGUUUUCACAUUCGGAUAGAAUCGAUAUUAUUGUUGUUGUAUAGGCAAUUAAAGGGCCACACACCUUAUAGGAAAAGGAGGCCUGCCCCCUAUUCUUCUUCUUCGAUAAAAAGAAAAGAAAAUCGUAUACAUAUAUCACUAAAUGCUAAGCAAAGAAGCGAACGAAAAACGAAAUGGAAAGAGAACGGGAGAAAACCAAGAACAAAAGUUUGAGUUGUAAAACUGUAAAUAGGAAAAUUGUUAAACGGAAAACCAUUAAGAUAAAACCUAUGCCUAAACUAAGGAUAAAGCCGUCUAAGAAACGGAUAAAACUAUAUGGAAAGAGGAUAAAGGAGAGGUGUUUGUCCCCCCUUAUAUCCAUCCCAUUAUUAUUAUUCUUUCCUAUUCCUAUUCCUAUUCCCAUCCAUUUAUUGUAUUGUAUUGUAUUUUAUGUUUUUUUAACCUGUACAGAUUCCUUAUGUAUUUUUACUUUAUAUACUAUGCACAUGUAUGUGUGUAUGUUUUUUUUUUAAUAGCAGCUUAGUCAAUUUGUUGGAGCGUGGAAGUCGGUGUAAAAAUUCUGUUGCAUGCGCAUCAUCCAUGUUGCAUCCACUAAAAGUACUCUACUAUGCAUACACACACAGAUACACAAUACAUAUUAAACAUAAUAUUAUAUACAUACAUACCUAGUAAUUCACACUGGAAUGUACUCUAAUGUUAGUUGUUUAGCCAUGUAAGGAGAUCGGAUCACACCGUGUGAAGGAAAACCCCAACAUUUCUUGACUCAUUUUUUUUGCGUAGCUAAUAACACAAUUGAUAUGAAAACGAAAAGUGAUUGAAGAAUAAAAUUUCCAAAAAAAAACCAAA